AACUGAAAACACGCACACAUAUUUCCUCGUUAAAGGGGGGGGAAAAAAAACAAGAAUAUGAGAUCAACUAAGUGUUAAAACACGUAUAAGUUCUUACUGUUGAUCCUGACACAAAAGCAAACGCAGAACGAUAGUGUCGCUCCUGUUGCCAUGGAGACCAAAGCAGCCUUUUUUCCCCUCUACGAACAGGAAGAGGAAGGUCGUUAUCCCGUUUUUCCCCGUUUUAGCAUUAGCCACCGAGUUUUUCCAGCAUGGACUUACCAGAUGCUAUCCGAAAACGUUUGGAGGACUUCUCUCGAAACUUCUUUGAGGACCCGAACGACCUGACCGCAAAGGAACGCUACACGUCGUCGACGCAAGGCAAGCCGGUUCUGUCCAGUUUGCCCCUCCAGAUGUCCCUCUUCUUCAACAUGUGCUUCUUCCCCCUGUGGUGCGUCACGGAGAUUGUCAUGUUGCAACUCAAAUAUUCUGCCUUGCCGGAAUACUACAGGACGGUCCUGAUUACCGUCCUCAUUCUCAUGACGCUGAUUGAGACCAUUCGACUUUACCUUGGCUAUGUGGGGAACCUGCGAGAAGAGAUCGCAGAGUUAGCUGGAUUUUGGCUGCUGAGCAUCUUGCUGCAGUUGCCGCAAAGCCUCUUCCAACUUUUCAACGAAGGCAUUCUCAUCCAGCCGCUAGAGAGGGGAAUUCACAUUGUUUUGGUGCUUUUUAUACUAUGGCAAGGCGUCGCCGGCUUCGCCGCUCUCCGGAAUUUGGUCCGACACACAGAGAGUCAAUUCCAUCUCCGCCAGUUUGACUAAUACAUCCAGAUGUGUCGAUCCCGUUAUGUUAUUUAACAAAAUGUCUAUUUUUGUAAAAUUUUGAUCUCGCUUUUGUGUGUGAAUAAAACGUGCAAU